AUGAAAAAUUCGAAAAACUCGCGUAAACCAGUUAAGCGUCACAAAAAGAAAUCUAAAAGAAAACGAAGUUCAAUAGAGACAGAGAGCGACUCGCUCGACGACGACGAUCUAGCUCUCGUUCAAGAAAAUACAGGUUUAGAAAUUCAAAGAAGCGAGAAAAAAUUCAAACGUAUAAAACGUGGUGGUGGCCAUUUUGACGAAGAGAACGACAGAAACCGGCAUGAUUUAAACCGUAUCUUUGAUGACGAAGAUAUGAUCGACGAGUCAUUAGCUGACGACAUUGAUGAGUUCGUGGUUGAUGAUUAUGAGGAAGAAGGUGAAUUGAUGGAGGAAGAGCGGGAAGCUCAAAUGCUGCGGUCCGGAAAAGGCAUUAAGGCGCGAAUUGAUUCGAAUCAAGAAAAAAUACGAUUGUGGGAAGAGUUCUUUGGGGUUGAUGGUGAACAAUACGAUUGGGCUUAUAAUUUGGCAAAAAUGAAAUCUGAACCAAUACCAGUGACCGAUUUAAAACAAGUCUAUGAGCCGGCUGUACUUGAAGAGCGUAUGCUCACUGAAAAAGAUGAAGUUAUCCGAACUACAGAUUCCCCUGAGCGGAUGCAGCUUCGGGAAGGUAUCGAGAACUCCUUAAGAGCCUUAACAGAUGAGGAAAUCGAGGAAGAAACGAACUUCAUCUUAAAGACUGCAAAUUUCCAAUCCUUUGUAAACUCACACUCUUCUGUGAGAUUUCAAGCUCUUGUCGACGCAACAACCAAAGUACUAAAACACCUUUCUCAAAUGUUUAUGGAAGUGCCGUACAUCUACUACCAACGUAGAGAUGAUAUUGCUACUAUAAACCUGAAAAAUACGGGAAUGCCACCUGUUGAUAUUCUCACGCUAGACGACUUAUGGACAAUUUAUGACCUCGAUAUCAAGUAUCGAGCGUUUUUGGAAGGUCGCGAAAAACUGCAGGCCUUUGUUCAAAAGAUGGAUAUUCAUAGCGAUUACACUGAUAGGUUGUUGUCUGAGGCUGAGUCUAUUGAAGAGCUAAAUGAUAUCAGAGAAUACUUGAAUCUUGUUCAGUACACGAAAAUAUCGUCUACCCUUGAAAAGAACAACAAAAAACGCCGUAUGCCAGAAUAUCAGCGCCUUAAACAAUAUAAUUUUCAUGCCCUUGCUGAGAAAUUCGGUAUAGAUAGACAAGCAGUCUGCAAGACCUUUUCUUUGACUGAUAAACUAUAUUAUCCGAAUGACCAGUCAUAUGAUGUGAAUUUGACGGUUGAAGAGUUUCUAAGAGCUUUUAAUAUACAAGUUAAUCUAGAAACUAUUGAUCAACAAAGAACUCGUGUACUUGAGGAUGCAAAACGUAUCGUUGCAUAUGAAAUCGCGUUUGAUCCUCAUGUCAGAAAAGUUGCACGUAAAUGGAUACUCAAAAAAGGAAUCAUUCAAACGUUCAAAUUCCUUAAUAAGCCAAUUCAUAAAUUCAUUGAGCAAAAGAGUGGCCAAUUCCUCCAAAUCCUUCAGUCGGAAAAAGAAGGUCUCACUAAAGUUUCAAUUUCUUAUGAAGAGUCUGACAUCAAGGACAAAAAAGGAAUUGAUCCAACAGAAGAUCUAUUUAAUGCACUAUGUCAAAAAUUGAGUAGUGAUAAUAUGAGUGCUAUCGCUGAUGAUUGGAACUACCAUCGGAAAGACAUCGCGCGAAUUAUUUUUGAGGAGUUCUUGCUCAAAUUUUGUGAAGUGUUUUUACGAUCUAAAUUGCAAAGUGAAGCUGAGGAUUGGGUUGCUGCUCAAUGCACGAAAUCUUUGGAAAAGAGAAUUAAUGUGCUUCCGUUUCGACCCGAAACUAUGGACCAUGAUGAAAACGUUCCUCGUGUGCUAGCUCUUUCGUUUGGAUUCGGUAACAGAGAUGAUCUAAUUGAGGGUGUUCUCGUAGACAAUAAUUGUCUAGUAGAGGAAGUAUUCAAAUUCAAUCAGAAUUUUAAAGACAACCAUUCAGAGCGAGAAGCUUUCGCCCAAUUACUCGAGAGCAAAAAUCAUCCAGACGUGAUUGCCAUCUCGGGAUAUAGCUCAAAUACGCGACGCCUACUAGAACAAGUCAAAGAACUUGUGAAAUACUGUCGAAAGGAUGAUGAGAUAUACGUGACGGUUGCCAAUGACGAAGUCGCGGUCAUUGCUAGAGGGUCUAGAUACUAUGUACAUGAGUCUGCGAUUAAAGGAUACUCGCCGUUGCAGGCAUAUUGCGUGUCCUUGGCAAGGCGUUUGCAAAGUCCUAUUCAUGAAUAUAUUGCGCUUGAGAGUAAUCUACCAAUGAUAAGACACCAUCCUUUAAAGGAUUUGGUCCCUAAAGAGAAAUUGAAUCGUGCUUUAGAGCGGGCAUUUAUAAACGUCGUAAACAUGAAUGGUGUUGAUAUUCUUGAAGCAGUCAACGAUUCAUACAAAGCACAAACAUUACAAUAUGUUUGUGGAUUGGGUCCACGCAAAGCGCAAGAUAUAUUGAAUCAAAUGCGUGAACGUUAUUAUAAAGAAGACACCGAGAUACGUACAAGACAUGAACUAUCCCAUUUAAUGACAGAAAAUGUAUACAGAAAUUGUGCAAGCUUCAUAAGGCUCGGCGAGGAAUCAUCAAAUCCUUUGGAUCGAACACGUAUCCAUCCCAGCGAUUACGAUCUAUCUGUCAAAAUGGCGGCAGACGCGUUAGACAUGGAACAUGAGCAGUUCAUUGAAGGAGAUAAAGAUAAAUCGGCGAUUAUCGAAGAUGUGAUAAAGCAUCCUAAAAAACUCAAUAUUCUAAACCUCGAAAUGUUCGCUGAAGUACUAAAAACAAUGCUUUAUGGUACAUCUCGUAAGAUCGCUCUAUACAAUAUCCAGCAUGAACUUUCAAAACCAUACUCUGAUAAACGACACAAGUUUCCCGAAUUAUCGCCUGAUGAACAAUUCGACUUUUUAAUGAAAGAUGAAACUCUUGCCCCCAAUAUGAUUGUUGCAGUGGAGAUUUACCGCGUAGAGGAUAAUUACGCCAAAGGGCAACUUACACAAUCGGGGCUUGAUGGGUACAUCAACAUCAAAAAUAUAUCUGAUGAGAAUAUUCACAAAGCCAGUCAAGUUUUGUCGAAAGGACAAGUGAUCGACUGCGCAAUAUUGAGAAUAGAUAAAACAAAAUUCUCUUGUGAAUUGUCGUGUCGUAAAUCGGUCAUAAAGAAAUACACGGAAAUUCCAGUAGUUGAAAAGGAUCCUUUCUAUGACAGAGAUGCUGAAAUUAGAUUCUCGUUAGAUAAAACGAAUGACAUAUCUCGCAAACUUAUAAUGCCCGUUCUUCCAAAAAGCAUCGACCACUACUUGUAUAAAAGGAUGACAUACAAGGAAGCAGAAGAGUUCUUGGCAUCUAAAAAAGUUGGAGAUUUAGUCAUUCGUCCGUCGAGAACUAAACGAAAUGAAGGGCUGGCAAUCACUUGGAAGAUAGCGCCCGAUAUUUAUCAGCACAUUGAAAUUGAUGAGACCGUCACCGAAAAAAAUACAAAGAAACUUAAAGUGGGUUCUUAUGAAUAUGAUGACAUUGAUGAAUUAAUUGUAACGCAUAUUGAAGCAUCUUCGAGGAAAGUCGAAGAAUUGUGUUCCCACCCAAAGUAUCGGCACUCUGCAGAUGAGCUUGCAUCGUACAUUGAAACAUCUAUAACAGCGAAUCCAAGACAAUGUGCCUAUGGCUUUUACUUGGAUCGAAAAAAUCCGGGUAAUUUUUAUCUUGGAUAUAAGUUAUCUGCCGACUGGACGAAGUCUCAUUGGGUUGGCAGUAUAAGACCGGAUCGUUUUAUUCUAAACAACGAAACAUACAGUGAUAUCCCGAAAAUGAUUUCAGGAUUUAAGAAAUCCAUGUCAAUGAAAAUGAAGAGUCGGAUUUCCGGCGGUCGCUGA